CAGCCUCACUUGCAGUGUUAAAUUGGAAGCCCUCGUGAGCUCCAGUCUCCCCUCUAUAAAUAGAGAGAGAGAGAGAGAGAGAGAGAGGGAGGAGAGAGUGUGAGGUGGUGAUGGCGAUGGGAGGCGGCGGCGGCGGCAAGGAGGGCGGCGGCGGCGGGAUGGCGGCGCAGGCCGGGAGGCUCGGGGUGGCCGCCUCCGUGGCGAUCAACCUUGCCGGGAUCGCGCUCUACCUCCGCCGGAGAUACUUCGGCGACGGGGGGAAGGGCGAGGAGGAGCUGGCGGUGGCGCCGUCCUCCGGGAAGCCGCCGGUUACCAAGGACUCCGUCAUCAACCUCGACCACGGCGACCCGACGAUGUACGGGGCGUUCUGGCGCGGCGGCGCCGGCGAGCGGGCGACGAUCGUGAUCCCGGGGUGGCAGACGAUGAGCUACUUCUCCGACGUCGGCAGCCUGUGCUGGUUCCUCGAGCCCGGGUUCGAGCGCCAGGUGCGCCGCCUCCACCGCCUCGUCGGCAACGCCGUCGCCGACGGCUACCACGUGCUCGUCGGCAACGGAUCCACGCAGCUCUUCCAGGCCGCGCUCUACGCUCUCUCGCCGCCCGGCGCCGCCGCGCCCACCAGCGUCGUCUCCCCCGCACCCUACUACUCGUCGUACCCGGCGGUGACGGACUACCUCAAAUCGGCGCUGUACCGGUGGGCCGGCGACGCCAACAUGUUCGACGCCGACGGCGAGAACUACAUCGAGCUGGUCUGCUCGCCGAACAACCCGGACGGCGGCAUCCGCGAGCCCGUCCUCAAGUCAGGCGCCGGCGUCGCCGUGCACGACCUCGCCUACUACUGGCCGCAGUACACCCCCAUCACCGAGGCCGCAGCCCAUGACAUCAUGCUCUUCACCGUCUCCAAGUGCACCGGCCACGCCGGCACUCGUCUCGGGUGGGCGCUGGUGAAGGACAGGGCGGUGGCGCAGAGGAUGAGCAAGUUCAUCGAGCUCAACACCAUCGGCGUCUCCAAGGACUCGCAGCUCCGCGCCGCCAAGAUCCUCAAGACGAUCAGCGACGGCUACGACCGCGCGCCGGCGCCCGCUGCCACCGCCGGCGAUGACUCGGGCCGCCUCUUCCACUUCGCGCGCCGGCAGAUGGUGGCGCGCUGGGGCGCGCUCCGCGCCGCCGUGGCGGCGUCGGGCAUCUUCACCCUCCCCGACGAGGUCCCCGGCAACUGCACCUUCACCAAGGAGACCGUCGCCGCCUACCCCCCGUUCGCGUGGCUGCGCUGCGAGAAGGAAGGGGUGAACGACCUGGAGGGAUACCUGCGCGAGCGCAAGAUCCUCACCCGCGGCGGCGGCAAGUUCGGCGCCGACGGGCGGGUCGUCAGGAUCAGCAUGCUCGACACCGACGAGGCCUUCGCCAUCUUCAUCGACCGCCUCGCCGCCAUGAAAUGAGCUCCCUCGCUCGCUAGGGCUCGAUCGAUCCACCGACCUCGACGACGACGAAGACGAGGCCCCAUGAGUUUGCAAGAUAAGGCCGACCAACCAAUGUGGCAGAUUAGUUAUCUUAAUCUUAAUUACCGUAUUUGGCUGCUUCAAAGUUCUAUCAUUCUCAACUCUAUAUACUAUAUACUGUAUUUCGACUCUUAAAUUAAAUUUCCAUCUUGUGUUGUGAGACUUUUUUUUGUGAGUUGUGAUUGUCACUAGCUACUAGCUGGAAUUCAAUUUCGUGGAUGGAUCAUAA